AUGUCACAUUUACCUCCAAAACCUGAUUUUGGACCCAAGUCUCCCGGACGGUACUCUGCAGACUAUAGGCACUACGACCGACCUCCAGACCGCUACUACCGCGAACGGGAUGAUCAUUAUCCACCACGCUCGCGGUACCCCCCUGAAUCGUAUUCUUCAAGACCGGUAGACGGAUAUCGAGCCCAUAGGCCAUCUGCAGACUCAUAUGUCUCGUCUUAUGACCGCAGAGAAGAAGACAGAUACCGAGAAUAUUGGGAAGUCAGAGACGCAAGAGAACGCGAAUGGAGAGAGUACUCGCAUGAGACUCGACACGGGCACUCAGAACGUUCUGAAAGGGAGAGAGAUCAGGGUCGAGCGAGGCGGCCAGAGCGGCGAGAGUACAGCCCGCUGAGGCAUCGUGAAUGGAAGGAAGAUGACAGGAGACGAGAACGAGUGCGUGAGCCCGAGCCCGAGAGGGCUUGGACGUCAAGAACAUCAAGGUCUCCUCCACGUCGAAUAGUGACUGGGCGCCCGCGCCGUUCUCGUUCGCCCACUCCAACACGGGCACGUUCUCCAAGAUCUUCUUACAGGCGAUCAUACACUCCCGUGCGCAGACAGCGCAGUCGUCCAUCGACACCCAAUGACACGCAUCGGCGACGGCGCUCCCGUACGAAGUCACCACCUGGCGGGGCGAGGGUAGGUAAACCCUCCGUUCCUGCAAGUCCGAGGUCAGCUGGGCCCGUCGGUAGUCCACGAGAUCUCUCACCACGACCAAGAUCACCCAUAAGCGAUCACCGCAAAGAAAAGGUUGCACGGAGUCCUAGUAAUCCUCCUGAUGUCUUGGAGAGUGACCCGAGUCGAAAUCGUUCUUUGCCCAUAAUAGUGACCGAAGAUGCUAAAUCUUUGCCUCCACGCUUGUCACCUGCACCUAGGAAUUCACCCAAUAACGAGUUAACAUUGUCCGCGAAGCCUGAAGUGAAGGUGGAAGACACAGGUGAACCCAUUUCGCCUGCACAUCUGUCUCGAGCAGACAAGGGAAAGAUGCGAGAGGUUGAUAUGAAAAUAGAAGUCAGCCAGUUCUCUCAAUCCUUGCAGCCGACGCAAGACACUAUACAGCCUCCUCUACCUCAUAAAAAGUCUCGCACACCUCCAAUCGCGCCUCGACGUUAUAUACCUACACCCCCCAUCCCCUCUUCACCGAAAACGCCGCAGCCAGGAGCCGUUCAGCCGACGAGAGCGGAACGGCCUCGUUGGAUUCCGUCUGCUCCAGAAUCUCAGCAAGUCUCCAACGAUGAGUCUAUCAUUACGACACAUAUGAUAUACACACCCGAUGGACCACGGCAGUUCGUCUUGAAUAUCAAGAAGUACGAUCAUCGACGAUGGCCUCACAGAAUGGACUUGGCAGCACUUACGACUGAGCUUGACCAGCUGCGCAGAAAUCGGAUGCACCUUGCGACAAAUUACCAGAACCUCCAAAAAACUGCCAGACGGGCCCUGCACGAGUUAGAUAUGUCCACGAUUGAACUGAACGCUGCAACCGCCCGUCGGAUUAUGUCUGGAGAGCAGCUGGAGAAGGCGCGUGGAGGACAGCUUGGUAUUGACUAUGUUCGCGCGACACCUGCACAUGACGGAGAGCCAAAUUCUAUAGCGGCAGAGCGAAACGCAUCCUAA